AUGGACCGGUUGGACCAACUGGCCUGUUGGUCCUAUGGACCGGUUGGACCAACUGGCCUGUUGGUCCUAUGGACCGGUUGGACCAACUGGCCUGUUGGUCCUAUGGACCGGUUGGACCAACUGGCCUGUUGGUCCUAUGGACCGGUUGGACCAACUGGCCUGUUGGUCCUAUGGACCGGUUGGACCAACUGGCCUGUUGGUCCUAUGGACCGGUUGGACCAACUGGCCUGUUGGUCCUAUGGACCGGUUGGACCAACUGGCCUGUUGGUCCUAUGGACCGGUUGGACCAACUGGCCUGUUGGUCCUAUGGACCGGUUGGACCAACUGGCCUGUUGGUCCUAUGGACCGGUUGGACCAACUGGCCUGUUGGUCCUAUGGACCGGUUGGACCAACUGGCCUGUUGGUCCUAUGGACCGGUUGGACCAACUGGCCUGUUGGUCCUAUGGACCGGUUGGACCAACUGGCCUGUUGGUCCUAUGGACCGGUUGGACCAACUGGCCUGUUGGUCCUAUGGACCGGUUGGACCAACUGGCCUGUUGGUCCUAUGGACCGGUUGGACCAACUGGCCUGUUGGUCCUAUGGACCGGUUGGACCAACUGGCCUGUUGGUCCUAUGGACCGGUUGGACCAACUGGCCUGUUGGUCCUAUGGACCGGUUGGACCAACUGGCCUGUUGGUCCUAUGGACCGGUUGGACCAACUGGCCUGUUGGUCCUAUGGACCGGUUGGACCAACUGGCCUGUUGGUCCUAUGGACCGGUUGGACCAACUGGCCUGUUGGUCCUAUGGACCGGUUGGACCAACUGGCCUGUUGGUCCUAUGGACCGGUUGGACCAACUGGCCUGUUGGUCCUAUGGACCGGUUGGACCAACUGGCCUGUUGGUCCUAUGGACCGGUUGGACCAACUGGCCUGUUGGUCCUAUGGACCGGUUGGACCAACUGGCCUGUUGGUCCUAUGGACCGGUUGGACCAACUGGCCUGUUGGUCCUAUGGACCGGUUGGACCAACUGGCCUGUUGGUCCUAUGGACCGGUUGGACCAACUGGCCUGUUGGUCCUAUGGACCGGUUGGACCAACUGGCCUGUUGGUCCUAUGGACCGGUUGGACCAACUGGCCUGUUGGUCCUAUGGACCGGUUGGACCAACUGGCCUGUUGGUCCUAUGGACCGGUUGGACCAACUGGCCUGUUGGUCCUAUGGACCGGUUGGACCAACUGGCCUGUUGGUCCUAUGGACCGGUUGGACCAACUGGCCUGUUGGUCCUAUGGACCGGUUGGACCAACUGGCCUGUUGGUCCUAUGGACCGGUUGGACCAACUGGCCUGUUGGUCCUAUGGACCGGUUGGACCAACUGGCCUGUUGGUCCUAUGGACCGGUUGGACCAACUGGCCUGUUGGUCCUAUGGACCGGUUGGACCAACUGGCCUGUUGGUCCUAUGGACCGGUUGGACCAACUGGCCUGUUGGUCCUAUGGACCGGUUGGACCAACUGGCCUGUUGGUCCUAUGGACCGGUUGGACCAACUGGCCUGUUGGUCCUAUGGACCGGUUGGACCAACUGGCCUGUUGGUCCUAUGGACCGGUUGGACCAACUGGCCUGUUGGUCCUAUGGACCGGUUGGACCAACUGGCCUGUUGGUCCUAUGGACCGGUUGGACCAACUGGCCUGUUGGUCCUAUGGACCGGUUGGACCAACUGGCCUGUUGGUCCUAUGGACCGGUUGGACCAACUGGCCUGUUGGUCCUAUGGACCGGUUGGACCAACUGGCCUGUUGGUCCUAUGGACCGGUUGGACCAACUGGCCUGUUGGUCCUAUGGACCGGUUGGACCAACUGGCCUGUUGGUCCUAUGGACCGGUUGGACCAACUGGCCUGUUGGUCCUAUGGACCGGUUGGACCAACUGGCCUGUUGGUCCUAUGGACCGGUUGGACCAACUGGCCUGUUGGUCCUAUGGACCGGUUGGACCAACUGGCCUGUUGGUCCUAUGGACCGGUUGGACCAACUGGCCUGUUGGUCCUAUGGACCGGUUGGACCAACUGGCCUGUUGGUCCUAUGGACCGGUUGGACCAACUGGCCUGUUGGUCCUAUGGACCGGUUGGACCAACUGGCCUGUUGGUCCUAUGGACCGGUUGGACCAACUGGCCUGUUGGUCCUAUGGACCGGUUGGACCAACUGGCCUGUUGGUCCUAUGGACCGGUUGGACCAACUGGCCUGUUGGUCCUAUGGACCGGUUGGACCAACUGGCCUGUUGGUCCUAUGGACCGGUUGGACCAACUGGCCUGUUGGUCCUAUGGACCGGUUGGACCAACUGGCCUGUUGGUCCUAUGGACCGGUUGGACCAACUGGCCUGUUGGUCCUAUGGACCGGUUGGACCAACUGGCCUGUUGGUCCUAUGGACCGGUUGGACCAACUGGCCUGUUGGUCCUAUGGACCGGUUGGACCAACUGGCCUGUUGGUCCUAUGGACCGGUUGGACCAACUGGCCUGUUGGUCCUAUGGACCGGUUGGACCAACUGGCCUGUUGGUCCUAUGGACCGGUUGGACCAACUGGCCUGUUGGUCCUAUGGACCGGUUGGACCAACUGGCCUGUUGGUCCUAUGGACCGGUUGGACCAACUGGCCUGUUGGUCCUAUGGACCGGUUGGACCAACUGGCCUGUUGGUCCUAUGGACCGGUUGGACCAACUGGCCUGUUGGUCCUAUGGACCGGUUGGACCAACUGGCCUGUUGGUCCUAUGGACCGGUUGGACCAACUGGCCUGUUGGUCCUAUGGACCGGUUGGACCAACUGGCCUGUUGGUCCUAUGGACCGGUUGGACCAACUGGCCUGUUGGUCCUAUGGACCGGUUGGACCAACUGGCCUGUUGGUCCUAUGGACCGGUUGGACCAACUGGCCUGUUGGUCCUAUGGACCGGUUGGACCAACUGGCCUGUUGGUCCUAUGGACCGGUUGGACCAACUGGCCUGUUGGUCCUAUGGACCGGUUGGACCAACUGGCCUGUUGGUCCUAUGGACCGGUUGGACCAACUGGCCUGUUGGUCCUAUGGACCGGUUGGACCAACUGGCCUGUUGGUCCUAUGGACCGGUUGGACCAACUGGCCUGUUGGUCCUAUGGACCGGUUGGACCAACUGGCCUGUUGGUCCUAUGGACCGGUUGGACCAACUGGCCUGUUGGUCCUAUGGACCGGUUGGACCAACUGGCCUGUUGGUCCUAUGGACCGGUUGGACCAACUGGCCUGUUGGUCCUAUGGACCGGUUGGACCAACUGGCCUGUUGGUCCUAUGGACCGGUUGGACCAACUGGCCUGUUGGUCCUAUGGACCGGUUGGACCAACUGGCCUGUUGGUCCUAUGGACCGGUUGGACCAACUGGCCUGUUGGUCCUAUGGACCGGUUGGACCAACUGGCCUGUUGGUCCUAUGGACCGGUUGGACCAACUGGCCUGUUGGUCCUAUGGACCGGUUGGACCAACUGGCCUGUUGGUCCUAUGGACCGGUUGGACCAACUGGCCUGUUGGUCCUAUGGACCGGUUGGACCAACUGGCCUGUUGGUCCUAUGGACCGGUUGGACCAACUGGCCUGUUGGUCCUAUGGACCGGUUGGACCAACUGGCCUGUUGGUCCUAUGGACCGGUUGGACCAACUGGCCUGUUGGUCCUAUGGACCGGUUGGACCAACUGGCCUGUUGGUCCUAUGGACCGGUUGGACCAACUGGCCUGUUGGUCCUAUGGACCGGUUGGACCAACUGGCCUGUUGGUCCUAUGGACCGGUUGGACCAACUGGCCUGUUGGUCCUAUGGACCGGUUGGACCAACUGGCCUGUUGGUCCUAUGGACCGGUUGGACCAACUGGCCUGUUGGUCCUAUGGACCGGUUGGACCAACUGGCCUGUUGGUCCUAUGGACCGGUUGGACCAACUGGCCUGUUGGUCCUAUGGACCGGUUGGACCAACUGGCCUGUUGGUCCUAUGGACCGGUUGGACCAACUGGCCUGUUGGUCCUAUGGACCGGUUGGACCAACUGGCCUGUUGGUCCUAUGGACCGGUUGGACCAACUGGCCUGUUGGUCCUAUGGACCGGUUGGACCAACUGGCCUGUUGGUCCUAUGGACCGGUUGGACCAACUGGCCUGUUGGUCCUAUGGACCGGUUGGACCAACUGGCCUGUUGGUCCUAUGGACCGGUUGGACCAACUGGCCUGUUGGUCCUAUGGACCGGUUGGACCAACUGGCCUGUUGGUCCUAUGGACCGGUUGGACCAACUGGCCUGUUGGUCCUAUGGACCGGUUGGACCAACUGGCCUGUUGGUCCUAUGGACCGGUUGGACCAACUGGCCUGUUGGUCCUAUGGACCGGUUGGACCAACUGGCCUGUUGGUCCUAUGGACCGGUUGGACCAACUGGCCUGUUGGUCCUAUGGACCGGUUGGACCAACUGGCCUGUUGGUCCUAUGGACCGGUUGGACCAACUGGCCUGUUGGUCCUAUGGACCGGUUGGACCAACUGGCCUGUUGGUCCUAUGGACCGGUUGGACCAACUGGCCUGUUGGUCCUAUGGACCGGUUGGACCAACUGGCCUGUUGGUCCUAUGGACCGGUUGGACCAACUGGCCUGUUGGUCCUAUGGACCGGUUGGACCAACUGGCCUGUUGGUCCUAUGGACCGGUUGGACCAACUGGCCUGUUGGUCCUAUGGACCGGUUGGACCAACUGGCCUGUUGGUCCUAUGGACCGGUUGGACCAACUGGCCUGUUGGUCCUAUGGACCGGUUGGACCAACUGGCCUGUUGGUCCUAUGGACCGGUUGGACCAACUGGCCUGUUGGUCCUAUGGACCGGUUGGACCAACUGGCCUGUUGGUCCUAUGGACCGGUUGGACCAACUGGCCUGUUGGUCCUAUGGACCGGUUGGACCAACUGGCCUGUUGGUCCUAUGGACCGGUUGGACCAACUGGCCUGUUGGUCCUAUGGACCGGUUGGACCAACUGGCCUGUUGGUCCUAUGGACCGGUUGGACCAACUGGCCUGUUGGUCCUAUGGACCGGUUGGACCAACUGGCCUGUUGGUCCUAUGGACCGGUUGGACCAACUGGCCUGUUGGUCCUAUGGACCGGUUGGACCAACUGGCCUGUUGGUCCUAUGGACCGGUUGGACCAACUGGCCUGUUGGUCCUAUGGACCGGUUGGACCAACUGGCCUGUUGGUCCUAUGGACCGGUUGGACCAACUGGCCUGUUGGUCCUAUGGACCGGUUGGACCAACUGGCCUGUUGGUCCUAUGGACCGGUUGGACCAACUGGCCUGUUGGUCCUAUGGACCGGUUGGACCAACUGGCCUGUUGGUCCUAUGGACCGGUUGGACCAACUGGCCUGUUGGUCCUAUGGACCGGUUGGACCAACUGGCCUGUUGGUCCUAUGGACCGGUUGGACCAACUGGCCUGUUGGUCCUAUGGACCGGUUGGACCAACUGGCCUGUUGGUCCUAUGGACCGGUUGGACCAACUGGCCUGUUGGUCCUAUGGACCGGUUGGACCAACUGGCCUGUUGGUCCUAUGGACCGGUUGGACCAACUGGCCUGUUGGUCCUAUGGACCGGUUGGACCAACUGGCCUGUUGGUCCUAUGGACCGGUUGGACCAACUGGCCUGUUGGUCCUAUGGACCGGUUGGACCAACUGGCCUGUUGGUCCUAUGGACCGGUUGGACCAACUGGCCUGUUGGUCCUAUGGACCGGUUGGACCAACUGGCCUGUUGGUCCUAUGGACCGGUUGGACCAACUGGCCUGUUGGUCCUAUGGACCGGUUGGACCAACUGGCCUGUUGGUCCUAUGGACCGGUUGGACCAACUGGCCUGUUGGUCCUAUGGACCGGUUGGACCAACUGGCCUGUUGGUCCUAUGGACCGGUUGGACCAACUGGCCUGUUGGUCCUAUGGACCGGUUGGACCAACUGGCCUGUUGGUCCUAUGGACCGGUUGGACCAACUGGCCUGUUGGUCCUAUGGACCGGUUGGACCAACUGGCCUGUUGGUCCUAUGGACCGGUUGGACCAACUGGCCUGUUGGUCCUAUGGACCGGUUGGACCAACUGGCCUGUUGGUCCUAUGGACCGGUUGGACCAACUGGCCUGUUGGUCCUAUGGACCGGUUGGACCAACUGGCCUGUUGGUCCUAUGGACCGGUUGGACCAACUGGCCUGUUGGUCCUAUGGACCGGUUGGACCAACUGGCCUGUUGGUCCUAUGGACCGGUUGGACCAACUGGCCUGUUGGUCCUAUGGACCGGUUGGACCAACUGGCCUGUUGGUCCUAUGGACCGGUUGGACCAACUGGCCUGUUGGUCCUAUGGACCGGUUGGACCAACUGGCCUGUUGGUCCUAUGGACCGGUUGGACCAACUGGCCUGUUGGUCCUAUGGACCGGUUGGACCAACUGGCCUGUUGGUCCUAUGGACCGGUUGGACCAACUGGCCUGUUGGUCCUAUGGACCGGUUGGACCAACUGGCCUGUUGGUCCUAUGGACCGGUUGGACCAACUGGCCUGUUGGUCCUAUGGACCGGUUGGACCAACUGGCCUGUUGGUCCUAUGGACCGGUUGGACCAACUGGCCUGUUGGUCCUAUGGACCGGUUGGACCAACUGGCCUGUUGGUCCUAUGGACCGGUUGGACCAACUGGCCUGUUGGUCCUAUGGACCGGUUGGACCAACUGGCCUGUUGGUCCUAUGGACCGGUUGGACCAACUGGCCUGUUGGUCCUAUGGACCGGUUGGACCAACUGGCCUGUUGGUCCUAUGGACCGGUUGGACCAACUGGCCUGUUGGUCCUAUGGACCGGUUGGACCAACUGGCCUGUUGGUCCUAUGGACCGGUUGGACCAACUGGCCUGUUGGUCCUAUGGACCGGUUGGACCAACUGGCCUGUUGGUCCUAUGGACCGGUUGGACCAACUGGCCUGUUGGUCCUAUGGACCGGUUGGACCAACUGGCCUGUUGGUCCUAUGGACCGGUUGGACCAACUGGCCUGUUGGUCCUAUGGACCGGUUGGACCAACUGGCCUGUUGGUCCUAUGGACCGGUUGGACCAACUGGCCUGUUGGUCCUAUGGACCGGUUGGACCAACUGGCCUGUUGGUCCUAUGGACCGGUUGGACCAACUGGCCUGUUGGUCCUAUGGACCGGUUGGACCAACUGGCCUGUUGGUCCUAUGGACCGGUUGGACCAACUGGCCUGUUGGUCCUAUGGACCGGUUGGACCAACUGGCCUGUUGGUCCUAUGGACCGGUUGGACCAACUGGCCUGUUGGUCCUAUGGACCGGUUGGACCAACUGGCCUGUUGGUCCUAUGGACCGGUUGGACCAACUGGCCUGUUGGUCCUAUGGACCGGUUGGACCAACUGGCCUGUUGGUCCUAUGGACCGGUUGGACCAACUGGCCUGUUGGUCCUAUGGACCGGUUGGACCAACUGGCCUGUUGGUCCUAUGGACCGGUUGGACCAACUGGCCUGUUGGUCCUAUGGACCGGUUGGACCAACUGGCCUGUUGGUCCUAUGGACCGGUUGGACCAACUGGCCUGUUGGUCCUAUGGACCGGUUGGACCAACUGGCCUGUUGGUCCUAUGGACCGGUUGGACCAACUGGCCUGUUGGUCCUAUGGACCGGUUGGACCAACUGGCCUGUUGGUCCUAUGGACCGGUUGGACCAACUGGCCUGUUGGUCCUAUGGACCGGUUGGACCAACUGGCCUGUUGGUCCUAUGGACCGGUUGGACCAACUGGCCUGUUGGUCCUAUGGACCGGUUGGACCAACUGGCCUGUUGGUCCUAUGGACCGGUUGGACCAACUGGCCUGUUGGUCCUAUGGACCGGUUGGACCAACUGGCCUGUUGGUCCUAUGGACCGGUUGGACCAACUGGCCUGUUGGUCCUAUGGACCGGUUGGACCAACUGGCCUGUUGGUCCUAUGGACCGGUUGGACCAACUGGCCUGUUGGUCCUAUGGACCGGUUGGACCAACUGGCCUGUUGGUCCUAUGGACCGGUUGGACCAACUGGCCUGUUGGUCCUAUGGACCGGUUGGACCAACUGGCCUGUUGGUCCUAUGGACCGGUUGGACCAACUGGCCUGUUGGUCCUAUGGACCGGUUGGACCAACUGGCCUGUUGGUCCUAUGGACCGGUUGGACCAACUGGCCUGUUGGUCCUAUGGACCGGUUGGACCAACUGGCCUGUUGGUCCUAUGGACCGGUUGGACCAACUGGCCUGUUGGUCCUAUGGACCGGUUGGACCAACUGGCAUGUUGGUCCUAUGGACCGGUUGGACCAACUGGCCUGUUGGUCCUAUGGACCGGUUGGACCAACUGGCCUGUUGGUCCUAUGGACCGGUUGGACCAACUGGCCUGUUGGUCCUAUGGACCGGUUGGACCAACUGGCCUGUUGGUCCUAUGGACCGGUUGGACCAACUGGCCUGUUGGUCCUAUGGACCGGUUGGACCAACUGGCCUGUUGGUCCUAUGGACCGGUUGGACCAACUGGCCUGUUGGUCCUAUGGACCGGUUGGACCAACUGGCCUGUUGGUCCUAUGGACCGGUUGGACCAACUGGCCUGUUGGUCCUAUGGACCGGUUGGACCAACUGGCCUGUUGGUCCUAUGGACCGGUUGGACCAACUGGCCUGUUGGUCCUAUGGACCGGUUGGACCAACUGGCCUGUUGGUCCUAUGGACCGGUUGGACCAACUGGCCUGUUGGUCCUAUGGACCGGUUGGACCAACUGGCCUGUUGGUCCUAUGGACCGGUUGGACCAACUGGCCUGUUGGUCCUAUGGACCGGUUGGACCAACUGGCCUGUUGGUCCUAUGGACCGGUUGGACCAACUGGCCUGUUGGUCCUAUGGACCGGUUGGACCAACUGGCCUGUUGGUCCUAUGGACCGGUUGGACCAACUGGCCUGUUGGUCCUAUGGACCGGUUGGACCAACUGGCCUGUUGGUCCUAUGGACCGGUUGGACCAACUGGCCUGUUGGUCCUAUGGACCGGUUGGACCAACUGGCCUGUUGGUCCUAUGGACCGGUUGGACCAACUGGCCUGUUGGUCCUAUGGACCGGUUGGACCAACUGGCCUGUUGGUCCUAUGGACCGGUUGGACCAACUGGCCUGUUGGUCCUAUGGACCGGUUGGACCAACUGGCCUGUUGGUCCUAUGGACCGGUUGGACCAACUGGCCUGUUGGUCCUAUGGACCGGUUGGACCAACUGGCCUGUUGGUCCUAUGGACCGGUUGGACCAACUGGCCUGUUGGUCCUAUGGACCGGUUGGACCAACUGGCCUGUUGGUCCUAUGGACCGGUUGGACCAACUGGCCUGUUGGUCCUAUGGACCGGUUGGACCAACUGGCCUGUUGGUCCUAUGGACCGGUUGGACCAACUGGCCUGUUGGUCCUAUGGACCGGUUGGACCAACUGGCCUGUUGGUCCUAUGGACCGGUUGGACCAACUGGCCUGUUGGUCCUAUGGACCGGUUGGACCAACUGGCCUGUUGGUCCUAUGGACCGGUUGGACCAACUGGCCUGUUGGUCCUAUGGACCGGUUGGACCAACUGGCCUGUUGGUCCUAUGGACCGGUUGGACCAACUGGCCUGUUGGUCCUAUGGACCGGUUGGACCAACUGGCUGUUGGUCCUAUGGACCGGUUGGACCAACUGGCCUGUUGGUCCUAUGGACCGGUUGGACCAACUGGCCUGUUGGUCCUAUGGACCGGUUGGACCAACUGGCCUGUUGGUCCUAUGGACCGGUUGGACCAACUGGCCUGUUGGUCCUAUGGACCGGUUGGACCAACUGGCCUGUUGGUCCUAUGGACCGGUUGGACCAACUGGCCUGUUGGCCUAUGGACCGGUUGGACCAACUGGCAUGUUGGUCCUAUGGACCGGUUGGACCAACUGGCCUGUUGGUCCUAUGGACCGGUUGGACCAACUGGCCUGUUGGUCCUAUGGACCGGUUGGACCAACUGGCCAUGUUGGUCCUAUGGACCGGUUGGACCAACUGGCCUGUUGGUCCUAUGGACCGGUUGGACCAACUGGCCUGUUGGUCCUAUGGACCGGUUGGACCAACUGGCCUGUUGGUCCUAUGGACCGGUUGGACCAACUGGCCUGUUGGUCCUAUGGACCGGUUGGACCAACUGGCUGUUGGUCCUAUGGACCGGUUGGACCAACUGGCUGUUGGUCCUAUGGACCGGUUGGACCAACUGGCCUGUUGGUCCUAUGGACCGGUUGGACCAACUGGCCUGUUGGUCCUAUGGACCGGUUGGACCAACUGGCCUGUUGGUCCUAUGGACCGGUUGGACCAACUGGCCUGUUGGUCCUAUGGACCGGUUGGACCAACUGGCCUGUUGGUCCUAUGGACCGGUUGGACCAACUGGCCUGUUGGUCCUAUGGACCGGUUGGACCAACUGGCCUGUUGGUCCUAUGGACCGGUUGGACCAACUGGCCUGUUGGUCCUAUGGACCGGUUGGACCAACUGGCCUGUUGGUCCUAUGGACCGGUUGGACCAACUGGCCUGUUGGUCCUAUGGACCGGUUGGACCAACUGGCCUGUUGGUCCUAUGGACCGGUUGGACCAACUGGCCUGUUGGUCCUAUGGACCGGUUGGACCAACUGGCCUGUUGGUCCUAUGGACCGGUUGGACCAACUGGCCUGUUGGUCCUAUGGACCGGUUGGACCAACUGGCCUGUUGGUCCUAUGGACCGGUUGGACCAACUGGCCUGUUGGUCCUAUGGACCGGUUGGACCAACUGGCCUGUUGGUCCUAUGGACCGGUUGGACCAACUGGCCUGUUGGUCCUAUGGACCGGUUGGACCAACUGGCCUGUUGGUCCUAUGGACCGGUUGGACCAACUGGCCUGUUGGUCCUAUGGACCGGUUGGACCAACUGGCCUGUUGGUCCUAUGGACCGGUUGGACCAACUGGCCUGUUGGUCCUAUGGACCGGUUGGACCAACUGGCCUGUUGGUCCUAUGGACCGGUUGGACCAACUGGCCUGUUGGUCCUAUGGACCGGUUGGACCAACUGGCCUGUUGGUCCUAUGGACCGGUUGGACCAACUGGCCUGUUGGUCCUAUGGACCGGUUGGACCAACUGGCCUGUUGGUCCUAUGGACCGGUUGGACCAACUGGCCUGUUGGUCCUAUGGACCGGUUGGACCAACUGGCCUGUUGGUCCUAUGGACCGGUUGGACCAACUGGCCUGUUGGUCCUAUGGACCGGUUGGACCAACUGGCCUGUUGGUCCUAUGGACCGGUUGGACCAACUGGCCUGUUGGUCCUAUGGACCGGUUGGACCAACUGGCCUGUUGGUCCUAUGGACCGGUUGGACCAACUGGCCUGUUGGUCCUAUGGACCGGUUGGACCAACUGGCCUGUUGGUCCUAUGGACCGGUUGGACCAACUGGCCUGUUGGUCCUAUGGACCGGUUGGACCAACUGGCCUGUUGGUCCUAUGGACCGGUUGGACCAACUGGCCUGUUGGUCCUAUGGACCGGUUGGACCAACUGGCCUGUUGGUCCUAUGGACCGGUUGGACCAACUGGCCUGUUGGUCCUAUGGACCGGUUGGACCAACUGGCCUGUUGGUCCUAUGGACCGGUUGGACCAACUGGCCUGUUGGUCCUAUGGACCGGUUGGACCAACUGGCCUGUUGGUCCUAUGGACCGGUUGGACCAACUGGCCUGUUGGUCCUAUGGACCGGUUGGACCAACUGGCCUGUUGGUCCUAUGGACCGGUUGGACCAACUGGCCUGUUGGUCCUAUGGACCGGUUGGACCAACUGGCCUGUUGGUCCUAUGGACCGGUUGGACCAACUGGCCUGUUGGGCCGUAUGGACCGGUUGGACCAACUGGCCUGUUGGUCCUAUGGACCGGUUGGACCAACUGGCCUGUUGGUCCUAUGGACCGGUUGGACCAACUGGCCUGUUGGUCCUAUGGACCGGUUGGACCAACUGGCCUGUUGGUCCUAUGGACCGGUUGGACCAACUGGCCUGUUGGUCCUAUGGACCGGUUGGACCAACUGGCCUGUGGUCCUAUGGACCGGUUGGACCAACUGGCCUGUUGGUCCUAUGGACCGGUUGGACCAACUGGCCUGUUGGUCCUAUGGACCGGUUGGACCAACUGGCCUGUUGGUCCUAUGGACCGGUUGGACCAACUGGCCUGUUGGUCCUAUGGACCGGUUGGACCAACUGGCCUGUUGGUCCUAUGGACCGGUUGGACCAACUGGCCUGUUGGUCCUAUGGACCGGUUGGACCAACUGGCCUGUUGGUCCUAUGGACCGGUUGGACCAACUGGCCUGUUGGUCCUAUGGACCGGUUGGACCAACUGGCCGUUGGUCCUUAUGGACCGGUUGGACCAAAUGGCCUGUUGGUCCUAUGGACGGUUGGACCAACUGGCCUGUUGGUCCUAUGGACCGGUUGGACCAACUGGCCUGUUGGUCCUAUGGACCGGUUGGACCAACUGGCUGUUGGUCCUAUGGACCGGUUGGACCAACUGGCCUGUUGGUCCUAUGGACCGGUGGACCAACGGCCUGUGGUCCUAUGGACCGGUUGGACCAACUGGCCUGUUGGCCCUAUGGACCGGUUGGACCAACUGGCUGUUGGCCGACCCGGACCGAAUGGGACGGGUUGGACCAACCCAACUGGCCUGUUGGUCCUAUGGACCGGUUGGACCAACUGGCCUGUUGGUCCUAUGGACCGGUUGGACCAACUGGCCUGUUGGUCCUAUGGACCGGUUGGACCAACUGGCCUGUUGGUCCUAUGGACCGGUUGGACCAACUGGCCUGUUGGUCCUAUGGACCGGUUGGACCAACUGGCCUGUUGGUCCUAUGGACCGGUUGGACCAACUGGCAUGUUGGUCCUAUGGACCGGUUGGACCAACUGGCCUGUUGGUCCUAUGGACCGGUUGGACCAACUGGCCUGUUGGUCCUAUGGACCGGUUGGACCAACUGGCCUGUUGGUCCUAUGGACCGGUUGGACCACAACUGGCCUGUUGGUCCUAUGGACCGGUUGGACCAACUGGCCUGUUGGCCUAUGGACGGUUGGACCAACUGGCCUGUUGGUCCUAUGGACCGGUUGGGACCAACUGGCCUGUUGGUCCUAUGGACCGGUGGACCAACUGGCCUGUUGGUCCUAUGGACCGGUUGGACCAACUGGCCUGUUGGUCCUAUGGACCGGUUGGACCAACUGGCCUGUUGGUCCUAUGGACCGGUUGGACCAACUGGCCUGUUGGUCCUAUGGACCGGUUGGACCAACUGGCCUGUUGGUCCUAUAUGGACCGGUUGGACCAACUGGCCUGUUGGUCUAUGGACCGGUUGGACCAACUGGCCUGUUGGUCCUAUGGACCGGUUGGACCAACUGGCUGUUGGUCCUAUGGACCGGUUGGACCAACUGGCCUGUUGGUCCUAUGGACCGGUUGGACCAACUGGCCUGUUGGUCCUAUGGACCGGUUGGACCAACUGGCAUGUUGGCCGAAUGGACCGGUUGGACCAACUGGCAUGUUGGUCCUAUGGACCGGUUGGACCAACUGGCCUGUUGGUCCUAUGGACCGGUUGGACCAACUGGCCUGUUGGUCCUAUGGACCGGUUGGACCAACUGGCCUGUUGGUCCUGUGGACCGGCUUGGUCCUCCCCUCGGUCCUUGGACCAACUGGUGCCUGUUGGUCCUAUGGACCGGUUGGACCAACUGGCCUGUUGGUCCUAUGGACCGGUUGGACCAACUGGCCUGUUGGUCCUAUGGACGGUUGGACCAACUGGCUGUUGGUCCUGUGGACCGUUGGACCAACUGGCCUGUUGGUCUAUGGACCGGUUGGACCAACUGGCCUGUUGGUCCUGGACCGGUUGGACCAACUGGCUGUUGGUCCUAUGGACCGGUUGGACCAACUGGCCUGUUGGUCCUAUGGACCGGUUGGACCAACUGGCCUGUUGGUCCUGUGGACCGGUUGGACCAACUGGCCUGUUGGUCCUAUGGACCGGUUGGACCAACUGGCCUGUUGGUCCUAUGGACCGGUUGGACCAACUGGCCUGUUGGUCCUGUGGACCGGGUGGACCAACCUGUUGGUCCUAUGGAUGGGACCAACUGGCCUGUUGGUCCUGUGGACCGGUUGGACCAACUGGCCUGUUGGUCCUGUGGACCGGUUGGACCAACUGGCCUGUUGGUCCUAUGGACGGUUGGACCAACUGGCCUGUUGGUCCUGUGGACCGGUUGGACCAACUGGCCUGUUGGUCCUGGGACCGGUUGGACCAACUGGCCUGUUGGUCCUGUGGACCGGUUGGACCAACUGGCCUGUUGGUCCUAUGGACGGGUUGGACCAACUGGCCUGUUGGUCCUAUGGACCGGUUGGACCAACUGGCCUGUUGGUCCUAUGGGACCGGUUGGACCAACUGGCCUGUUGGUCCUAUGGACCGGUUGGACCAACUGGCCUGUUGGUCCUGUGGACCGUUGGACCAACUGGCCUGUUGGUCCUGUGGACCGGUUGGACCAACUGGCCUGUUGGUCCUAUGGACCGGUUGGACCAACUGGCCUGUUGGUCCUAUGGACCGGUUGGACCAACUGGCUGUUGGUCCUAUGGGACCGGUUGGACCAACUGGCCUGUUGGUCCUAUGGACCGGUUGGACCAACUGGCCUGUCGGUCCUAUGGACCGGUGGGACCAACUGGCCUGUUGGUCCUAUGGACGGUUGGACCAACUGGCCUGUGGUCCUAUGGACCGGUUGGACCAACUGGCCUGUUGUCCUAUGGACCGGUUGGACCAACUGGCCUGUUGGUCCUAUGGACGGUUGGACCAACUGGCCUGUUGGUCCUAUGGACCGGUUGGACCAACUGGCAGUUGGUCCUAUGGACCGGUUGGACCAACUGGCCUGUUGGUCCUAUGGACCGGUUGGACCAACUGGCCUGUUGGUCCUGUGGACCGGUUGGACCAACUGGCCUGUUGGUCCUGUGGACCGGUUGGACCAACUGGCCUGUUGGUCCUAUGGACCGGUUGGACCAACUGGCCUGUUGGUCCUAUGGACCGGACCGGUUGGACCAACUGGCCUGUUGGUCCUAUGGACCGGUUGGACCAACUGGCCUGUUGGUCCUAUGGACCGGUUGGACCAACUGGCCUGUUGGUCCUAUGGACCGGUUGGACCAACUGGCCUGUUGGUCCUAUGGACCGGUUGGACCAACUGGCCUGUUGGUCCUUUGGACCGGUUGGACCAACUGGCCUGUUGGUCCUAUGGACCGGUUGGACCAACUGGCCUGUUGGUCCUAUGGACCGGUUGGACCAACUGGCCUGUUGGUCCUAUGGACCGGUUGGACCAACUGGCCUGUUGGCCCUAUGGACCGGUUGGACCAACUGGCCUGUUGGUCCGAAUGGACCGGUUGGACCAACUGGCCUGUUGGUCCUAUGGACCGGUGGACCAACUGGCCUGUUGGUCCUAUGGACCGGUUGGACCAACUGGCCUGUUGGUCCUAUGGACCGGUUGGACCAACUGGCCUGUUGUCCUGUGGACCGGUUGGACCAACUGGCCUGUUGGUCCUGGGACCGGUUGGACCAACUGGCCUGUUGGUCCUAUGGACCGGUUGGACCAACUGGCCUGUUGGUCCUGUGGACCGGUUGGACCAACUGGCCUGUUGGUCCUAUGGAUCGGUUGGACCAACUGGCCUGUUGGCCGAAUGGACCGGUUGGACCAACUGGCCUGUUGGUCCUAUGGACCGGUUGGACCAACUGGCCUGUUGGUCCAAUGGACCGGUUGGACCAACUGGCCUGUCGGUCCUAUGGACCGGUUGGACCAACUGGCCUGUUGGUCCUGUGGACCGGUUGGACCAACUGGCCUGUUGGUCCUGUGGACCGGUUGGACCAACUGGCCUGUUGGUCCUGUGGACCGGUUGGACCAACUGGCCUGUUGGUCCUGUGGACCGGUUGGACCAACUGGCCUGUUGGUCCUAUGGACCGGUGGACCAACUGGCCUGUUGGUCCUAUGGACCGGUUGGACCAACUGGCCUGUUGGUCCUAUGGACCGGUUGGACCAACUGGCCUGUUGGUCCUGUGGACCGGUUGGACCAACUGGCCUGUUGGUCCUGUGGACCGGUUGGACCAACUGGCCUGUUGGUCCUGUGGACCGGUUGGACCAACUGGCCUGUUGGUCCUGUGGACCGGUUGGACCAACUGGCCUGUUGGUCCUGUGGACCGGUUGGACCAACUGGCAUGUUGGUCCUAUGGACCGGUUGGACCAACUGGCCUGUUGGUCCUAUGGACCGGUUGGACCAACUGGCCUGUUGGUCCUGUGGACCGGUUGGACCAACUGGCCUGUUGGUCCUAUGGACCGGGUUGGACCAACUGGCCUGUCGGUCCUAUGGACCGGUUGGACCAACUGGCCUGUUGGUCCUAUGGACCGGUUGGACCAACUGGCCUGUUGGUCCUAUGGACCGGUUGGACCAACUGGCCUGUUGGUCCUAUGGACGGUUGGACCAACUGGCCUGUUGGUCCUAUGGACCGGUUGGACCAACUGGCCUGUUGGUCCCCCAUGGACCGGUUGGACCAAACUGGCCUGUUGGUCCUAUGGACGGUUGGACCAACUGGCCUGUUGGUCCUAUGGACGGUUGGACCAACUGGCUGUUGGUCCUAUGGACCGGUUGGACCAACUGGCCUGUUGGUCCUAUGGACCGGUUGGACCAACUGGCCUGUUGGUCCUAUGGACCGGUUGGACCAACUGGCCUGUUGGUCCUAUGGACCGGUUGGACCAACUGGCCUGUUGGUCCUGUGGACCGGUUGGACCAACUGGCCUGUGGUCCUAUGGACCGGUUGGACCAACUGGCCUGUUGGUCCUGUGGACCGGUUGGACCAACUGGCCUGUUGGUCCUAUGGACCGGUUGGACCAACUGGCCUGUUGGUCGAAUGGACCGGUUGGACCAACUGGCCUGUUGGUCCUAUGGACCGGUUGGACCAACUGGCCUGUUGGUCCAUGGGACCGGUUGGACCAACUGGCCUGUUGGUCCUAUGGACGGUUGGACCAACUGGCCUGUUGGUCCUGUGGACCGGUUGGACCAACUGGCCUGUUGGUCCUAUGGCCGGUUGGACCAACUGGCCUGUUGGUCCUGUGGACCGGUUGGACCAACUGGCCUGUUGGUCCUGUGGACCGGUUGGACCAACUGGCCUGUUGUCCUGUGGACCGGUUGGACCAACUGGCCUGUUGGUCCUAUGGACCGGUUGACCAACUGGCCUGUUGGUCCUAUGGACCGGUUGGACCAACUGGCCUGUUGGUCCUGUGGACCGGUUGGACCAACUGGCCUGUUGGUCCUAUGGACCGGUUGGACCAACUGGCCUGUUGGUCCUGUGGACCGGUUGGACCAACUGGCCUGUUGGUCCUAUGGACCGGUUGGACCAACUGGCCUGUCGGUCCUAUGGACCGGUUGGACCAACUGGACCUCGGCCCUUGUUUCCUGUGGACCGGUUGGACCAACUGGCCUGUUGGUCCUAUGGACCGGUUGGACCAACUGGCCUGUUGGUCCUGUGGACCGGUUGGACCAACUGGCCUGUUGGUCCUGUGGACCGGUUGGACCAACUGGCCUGUUGGUCCUGUGGACCGGUUGGACCAACUGGCCUGUUGGUCCUAUGGACCGGUUGGACCAACUGGCCUGUUGGUCCUGGGACCGGUUGGACCAACUGGCCUGUUGGUCCUAUGGACGGUUGGACCAACUGGCCUGUUGGUCCUAUGGACCGGUUGGACCAACUGGCCUGUUGGUCCUAUGGACCGGUUGGACCAACUGGCCUGUUGGUCCUAUGGACCGGUUGGACCAACUGGCCUGUUGGUCCGAAUGGACCGGUUGGACCAACUGGCCUGUUGGUCCUAUGGACGGUUGGACCAACUGGCCUGUCGGUCCAAUGGACCGGUUGGACCAACUGGCCGUUGGUCCUAUGGACCGGUGGACCAACUGGCCUGUUGGUCCUGUGGACCGGUUGGACCAACUGGCCUGUUGGUCCUAUGGACCGGUUGGACCAACUGGCCUGUUGGUCCUGUGGACCGGUUGGACCAACUGGCCUGUUGGUCCUGUGGACCGGUUGGACCAAAGGCCUGUUGGUCCUAUGGACCGGUUGGACCAACUGGCCUGUUGGUCCGUGGACCGGUUGGACCAACUGGCCUGUUGGUCCUGUGGACCGGUUGGACCAACUGGCCUGUUGGUCCUGUGGACCGGUUGGACCAACUGGCCUGUUGGUCCUAUGGACCGUUGGACCAACUGGCCUGUUGGUCCUAUGGACCGGUUGGACCAACUGGCCUGUUGGUCCUAUGGACCGGUUGGACCAACUGGCCUGUUGGUCCUAUGGACCGGUUGGACCAACUGGCCUGUUGGUCCUAUGGACCGGUUGGACCAACUGGCCUGUUGGUCCUGUGGACCGGUUGGACCAACUGGCCUGUUGGUCCUGUGGACCGGUUGGACCAACUGGCCUGUUGGUCCUGUGGACCGGUUGGACCAACUGGCCUGUUGGUCCUGUGGACCGGUUGGACCAACUGGCCUGUUGGUCCUAUGGACCGGUUGGACCAACUGGCCUGUUGGUCCUAUGGACCGGUUGGACCAACUGGCCUGUUGGUCCUAUGGACCGGUUGGACCAACUGGCCUGUUGGCCUAUGGGACCGGUUGGACCAACUGGCCUGUUGGCCGAAUGGACCGGUUGGACCAACUGGCCUGUUGGUCCUAUGGACCGGUUGGACCAACUGGCCUGUUGGUCCUAUGGACCGGUUGGACCAACUGGCCUGUUGGUCCUAUGGACCGGUUGGACCAACUGGCCUGUUGGUCCUAUGGACCGGUUGGACCAACUGGCCUGUUGGUCCUGUGGACCGGUUGGACCAACUGGCCUGUUGGUCCUGUGGACCGGUUGGACCAACUGGCCUGUUGGUCCUAUGGACCGGUUGGACCAACUGGCCUGUUGGUCCUAUGGACCGGUUGGACCAACUGGCCUGUUGGUCCUGUGGACCGGUUGGACCAACUGGCCUGUUGGUCCUAUGGACCGGUUGGACCAACUGGCCUGUUGGCCGAAUGGACCGGUUGGACCAACUGGCCUGUUGGCCGAAUGGACCGGUUGGACCAACUGGCCUGUUGGUCCUAUGGACCGGUUGGACCAACUGGCCUGUCGUCUUUCCGUCCAAUGGACGGUUGGACCAACUGGCCUGUUGGUCCUAUGGACGGUUGGACCAACUGGCCUGUUGGUCCUGUGGACCGGUGGACCAACUGGCCUGUUGGUCUAUGGACCGGUUUGGACCAACUGGCCUGUUGGUCCUAUGGACGGUUGGACCAACUGGCCUGUUGGUCCUGUGGACCGGUUGGACCAACUGGCCUGUUGGUCCUAUGGACCGGUUGGACCAACUGGCCUGUUGGUCCUAUGGGACCGGUUGGACCAACUGGCCUGUUGGUCCUAUGGACCGGUUGGACCAACUGGCCUGUGGUCCUAUGGACCGGUUGGACCAACUGGCCUGUUGGUCCUAUGGACCGGUUGGACCAACUGGCCUGUUGGUCCUAUGGACCGGUUGGACCAACUGGCCUGUGGUCCUAGGGACCGGUUGGACCAACUGGCCUGUUGGUCCUGUGGACCGGUUUGGACCAACUGGCCUGUUGGUCCUAUGGACCGGUUGGACCAACUGGCCUGUUGGUCCUAUGGACCGGUUGGACCAACUGGCCUGUUGGUCCUAUGGACCGGUUGGACCAACUGGCCUGUUGGUCCUAUGGACCGGUUGGACCAACUGGCCUGUUGGUCCUAUGGACCGGUUGGACCAACUGGCCUGUUGGUCCUAUGGACCGGUUGGACCAACUGGCCUGUUGGUCCUAUGGACCGGUUGGACCAACUGGCCUGUUGGCCUAAUGGACCGGUUGGACCAACUGGCCUGUUGGUCCUAUGGACCGGUUGGACCAACUGGCCUGUGGUCCGAAUGGACCGGUUGGACCAACUGGCCUGUUGGUCCUAUGGACCGGUUGGACCAACUGGCCUGUUGGUCCUAUGGACCGGUUGGACCAACUGGCCUGUUGGUCCUAUGGACCGGUUGGACCAACUGGCCUGUGGUCCUGUGGACCGGUUGGACCAACUGGCCUGUUGGUCCUAUGGACCGGUUGGACCAACUGGGCCUGUUGGUCCUAUGGACCGGUUGGACCAACUGGCCUGUUGGUCCUAUGGACCGGUUGGACCAACUGGUCUGUUGGUCCUAUGGACCGGUUGGACCAACUGGCCUGUUGGUCCUGUGGACCGGUAGGACCAACUGGCCUGUUGGUCCUUUGGACCGGUUGGACCAACUGGCCUGUUGGUCCUGUGGACCGGUUGGACCAACUGGCCUGUUGGUCCUAUGGACCGGUUGGACCAACUGGCCUGUUGGUCCUAUGGACCGGUUGGACCAACUGGCCUGUUGGCCCUAUGGGACCGGUUGGACCAACUGGCCUGUUGGCCGAAUGGAGACGGUUGGACCAACUGGCCUGUUGGUCCUAUGGAUCGGUUGGACCAACUGGCCUGUUGGUCCUAUGGACCGGUUGGACCAACUGGCCAGCGGGUCCUUGGACCGGUUGGACCAACUGGCCUGUUGGUCCUGUGGACCGGUUGGACCAACUGGCCUGUUGGUCCUGUGGACCGGUUGGACCAACUGGCCUGUUGGUCCUUUGGAACCGGUUGGACCAACUGGCCUGUUGGUCCUGUGGACCGGUUGGACCAACUGGCCUGUUGGUCCUAUGGACGGUUGGACCAACUGGCCUGUUGGCCGUAUGGACCGGUUGGACCAACUGGCCUGUUGGUCCUAUGGACGGUUGGACCAACUGGCCUGUCGGUCCUAUGGACCGGUUGGACCAACUGGCCUGUUGGUCCUAUGGACCGGUUGGACCAACUGGCCUGUUGGUCCUAUGGACCGGUUGGACCAACUGGCCUGUUGGUCCUGUGGACCGGUUGGACCAACUGGCCUGUUGGUCCUGUGGACCGGUUGGACCAACUGGCCUGUUGGUCCUGUGGACCGGUUGGACCAACUGGCCUGUUGGUCCUGUGGACCGGUUGGACCAACUGGCCUGUGGGUCUAUGGACCGGUUGGACCAACUGGCCUGUUGGUCCUAUGGACCGGUUGGACCAACUGGCCUGUUGGUCCUGUGGACCGGUUGGACCAAUGGCCUGUUGGUCCUGUGGACCGGUUGGACCAACUGGCCUGUUGGUCCUGUGGACCGGUUGGACCAACUGGCCUGUUGGUCCUAUGGACCGGUUGGACCAACUGGCCUGUCGGUCCUAUGGACCGGUGGGACCAACUGGCCAGUCGGUCCUAUGGACCGGUUGGACCAACUGGCCAGUCGGUCCUAUGGACCGGUUGGACCAACUGGCCUGUUGGUCCUGUGGACCGGUUGGACCAACUGGCCUGUUGGUCCUGUGGACCGGUUGGACCAACUGGCCUGUUGGUCCUGUGGACCGGUUGGACCAACUGGCCUGUUGGUCCUGUGGACCGGUUGGACCAACUGGCCUGUUGGUCCUAUGGACCGGUUGGACCAACUGGCCUGUUGGUCCUAUGGACCGGUUGGACCAACUGGCCUGUUGGUCCUAUGGACCGGUUGGACCAACUGGCCUGUUGGUCCUGUGGACCGGUUGGACCAACUGGCCUGUUGGUCCUGUGGACCGGUUGGACCAACUGGCCUGUUGGGCCGAUGGACCGGUUGGACCAACUGGCCUGUUGGUCCUAUGGACCGGUUGGACCAACUGGCCUGUUGGUCCUAUGGACCGGUUGGACCAACUGGCAUGUUGGUCCUAUGGACGGUUGGACCAACUGGCCUGUUGGUCCUAUGGACCGGUUGGACCAACUGGCCUGUUGGGUCCUGUGGACCGGUUGGACCAACUGGCCUGUUGGUCCGUGGACCGGUUGGACCAACUGGCCUGUUGGUCCUAUGGACCGGUUGGACCAACUGGCCUGUUGGUCCUAUGGACCGGUUGGACCAACUGGCCUGUUGGUCCUAUGGACCGGUUGGACCAAUGGCCUGUUGGUCCUAUGGACCGGUUGGACCAACUGGCAUGUUGGUCCUAUGGGACGGUUGGACCAAACUGGCCUGUUGGUCCUAUGGACCGGUUGGACCAACUGGCCUGUUGGUCCUGUGGACCGGUUGGACCAACUGGCCUGUUGGUCCUAUGGACCGGUUGGACCAACUGGCCUGUUGGUCCUGUGGACCGGUUGGACCAACUGGCCUGUUGGUCCUGUGGAACGUUUGGACCAACUGGCCUGUUGGUCCUAUGGACCGGUUGGACCAACUGGCCUGUGGUCCUAUGACCGGUUGGACCAACUGGCCUGUGGUCCUGUGGACCGGUUGGACCAACUGGCCUGUUGGUCCUGUGGACCGGUUGGACCAACUGGCCUGUUGGUCCUGUGGACCGGUUGGACCAACUGGCCUGUUGGUCCUAUGGAUCGGUUGGACCAACUGGCCUGUCGGUCCUAUGGACCGGUUGGACCAAACUGGCCAGUCGGUCCUAUGGACCGGUUGGACCAACUGGCUGUUGGUCCUAUGGACGGUUGGACCAACUGGCCUGUUGGUCCUGGGACCGGUUGGACCAACUGGCCUGUUGGUCCUGUGGACCGGUUGGACCAACUGGCCUGUUGGUCCUGUGGACCGGUUGGACCAACUGGCAUGUUGGUCCUGUGGACCGGUUGGACCAACUGGCCUGUCGGUCCUAUGGACCGGUUGGACCAACUGGCCAGUUGGUCCUAUGGACCGGUUGGACCAACUGGCCUGUUGGUCCUAUGGACGGUUGGACCAACUGGCUGUGGUCCUAUGGACCGGUUGGACCAACUGGCCUGUUGGCCGAUGGACCGGUUGGACCAACUGGCCUGUUGGUCCUAUGGACGGGUUGGACCAACUGGCCUGUCGGUCCAAUGGACUGUCCGGUUGGACCAACUGGCCAGUCGGUCCUAUGGACCGGUUUGGACCAACUGGCCUGUUGGUCCUGUGGACCGGUUGGACCAACUGGCCUGUUGGUCCUAUGGGGACCGGUUGGACCAACUGGCCUGUUGGUCCUAUGGACCGGUUGGACCAACUGGCCUGUUGGUCCUAUGGACCGGUUGGGACCAACUGGCCUGUUGGCCUAUGGACCGGUUGGGACCAACUGGCCUGUUGGCCCCGAAUGGGACCGGUUGGACCAACUGGACCUGUUGGUCCUAUGGACCGGUUGGACCAACUGGCCUGUUGGUCCUAUGGACCGGUUGGACCAACUGGCCUGUUGGUCCUAUGGACCGGUUGGACCAACUGGCCUGUUGGUCCUAUGGACCGGUUGGACCAACUGGCCUGUUGGUCCCUAUGGACCGGUUGGACCAACUGGCCUGUUGGUCCUAUGGACCGGUUGGACCAACUGGCAUGUUGGUCCUAUGGACCGGUUGGACCAACUGGCCUGUUGGUCCUAUGGACCGGUUGGACCAACUGGCCGUUGGUCCUAUGGACCGGUUGGACCAACUGGCCUGUUGGUCCUAUGGACCGGUUGGACCAACUGGCCUGUUGGUCCUAUGGACCGGUUGGACCAACUGGCCUGUUGGUCCUAUGGACCGGUUGGACCAACUGGCCUGUUGGUCCUAUGGACCGGUUGGACCAACUGGCCUGUGGUCCUAUGGACCGGUUGGACCAACUGGCCUGUUGGUCCUAUGGACCGGUUGGACCAACUGGCAUGUUGGUCCUAUGGACCGGUUGGACCAACUGGCCUGUUGGUCCUAG